CGCCUGCUGCACACUAAAUUCUCUUUCAAACAGUAUUCUCGAACCGCGUUCCUCCCCCGCUUCGACCGAUGUGCGAUAUCCCCUACAUCCCGGUGUGCGAGCUCGAUGCGUUCAGAUAGCAGUGCACUGGACAAGAGACGCCUCCUGAUCAUUCGAGGACGUUGCGCGGCAUACGCUGUCGCCAGCGGGCUGCAACCGGUCUCCCGGGCAAGCGGAUAGUGAUACCGUCGAUAUUGUCGACUGCCACUGACGGAGAAGUGCACAAGACCUGGCGACAUGGAGUCGGAACGUCGCAACGGAUUCAAGAGAAGCUCAGGGCAGCAAGGGAUUUACAGUCGCCCAUUUGAGCGGCGGCCUAGCAAGAAAUCGUCAUCGGAGGACCGCCACGGCAUGGUGUACCCAGAUAACUUCAGAGAGACCAGCAUUCGGACGGUGACGCCUGAUUCGAUGUCUGACACGGGCAAUCACUCCCCCAUAUCUGAAGCGGAGUUCCUCUCCGCUAGCAGUGCUGCAUCACCACGGUCCACGAUCAGACCAAGACCACGAGACCGCGAUCGUCGGCGGGAGUUCGCACCGUAUUAUUCCGCCGGUGAUGAGGACGAUAUCUCGGAGUCUAGAAGCCAGAGAGCGCGGUCCCGAACUACAACGUUGGAUGACCAGAGAAGCGAGAUAUCCCCCAAUUCCUUUCUAUCAAGGACUCGGAAUCGUCUCGGGUCCAUCAAUACGGCAUCGACUCUGAAGGCGCCGGAAGAACACUCCAUAGGCUUUCCUUCAAUCAUCCAAUCCCCGACUUUCUUCAACUAUGCAGGUGCUCGUCAACGUCUAACGAAAUCUCCUCCGGCAGCGACAACGUCGACUGGGAUAAUCCGGAAUCCCCCAGCUCUCGCGUCACCCCUGUCUAACGCAGAUGCGACGAAGAUACUGCAGCUGAUGAAGACGACCUGUGGAAGGAUGCAUGGUAUUCUUUCCUUUCGGACCGCUUCCACCGCCUCAUGGACGUCCGGAUACUGCGCUAUCAAUGUGGCCACGGGAAGUCUAAUAUACCAAGCCAAGGGAGAACCCUCACUCGCUAAGACUUUGAUUCCGGACUUGCGUGGCUGUCACGUCCGGACCUUGUUCGAUACAGAGCUCCAAUGUACCUAUCUGAGCGUGUCAACUUUCUCAUCAGGGAUGGGGAUCCAACUGAGGCCGCACGUGCAUGAGACCUUUGAUUCAUGGCUGGCCGCCUUACUGUGUUGGCAACCGAUACGACCGAAGGGUGUGCAGAACAAAAUGACCAAGCCCCAGUCAGUUUCAAUGGGCGAGCGACGUCUGGGGGAUCGUAGACGAAACUCCGAAACUAACGUGCAGAAAGAAGCGGCAGUCAUCAAGGUUGGCAAGAUGCUGCUUUGGGACAAACAGGGCACCUCCGGGCCACGGCCUUCCUCCGGACGCAGGGCGUCAGCCGACCGGCAGCAAAGGUCUUAUUCCACAUCUUGGCAGAAAGUCAGCUGUACUCUGCAAGAGAACGGCUACUUCAAGCUUUAUACGGAAGCGGAUGUGACACUCGUAUCGUGCAUCCAGUUGUCCCAGCUCUCCCGGUGCGCAAUCCAACAGUUAGAGUCUUCAGUGCUGGAUGACGAGUUCUGCAUCGCCAUUUACCCACAGUAUGCAGCACAUUCCGGAUCCCAACCGGCGAUCAAUCGUCCAAUCUUUCUCUCCUUGGAAUCCCGGGUGCUAUUUGAGGUUUGGUUCGUUUUAUUACGCGCAUUUACCAUCCCUGAACUUUAUGGACCCGAGUCAGUAGCAAGCGGAGAUUCGAGCCGUCGGCAGAGCCUGACCGGUCCUGCUCCAACCUCAACAGCGGACAUGUUCCGAAUCGAACGUAUGCUGUCGAUACGAGUCACUGAGGCGAAGCUCCUGAAUACAAAGGAAGAAGAACUACCAAGGAACAGAAAAAUGUCAAGAUCUCAGGCUUCGGCUAGCAGGGCAGUGAGUGACUACUAUGUUGAAGUCCUUCUUGAUAGUGAAGUCAGAGCGAAGACCGCAGUGAAGUAUAACACGUCAACACCUUUCUGGCGAGAAGAAUUCGUAUUCAGUGACCUUCCUCCCGUUCUCUCCAAUGCCUCGAUUCUCCUGAAGACUCUCAAUCCAAGCCAAAAGGACUGGACUCUCAUUUCGCGUACGCCGUACAACCUGAACGGCGAAGCCAACCCAAUGAACAUGUUGGAUGAUCUUGAAAUCGCGUCGCACGAUGCUACUUUCGGCCGCGUCGAUUUGAGGCUCGAUGAACUUGAGACUGGUACCAACGUCGAAAAAUGGUGGCCGAUCCUGGACGACAGGGAUCAGCCUGUGGGUGAGAUUUUCAUGAGAGCACGAUUGGAGGAGACGAUCGUUCUGAUGUCCCACGAAUAUGAGCCUAUGUCACAACUUUUACACAACUUUCCUAACAGCCUUACCGUAAAUAUCUCUCAAAUUUUGUCAGCUGAGUUAGCGCUACUAGCGGAGACCCUGCUCAAUAUCUAUCAGGUGUCAGGCCAGGUAGUUGAAUGGAUCUCGGCGCUCAUUGAGGACGAAAUCGAUGGAGUCCAUAAGGAGUCGACGAUGACCAGAUUGAGGUACACGACUAGGCUACACUCGAAUGACUCUAGGGAGUCGUCUGCGCAAGAGCGGGAGGUGCUUGUGAGAGACCUGGGGCGGUCGGCUACAGUCGAAGCUAACCUUCUUUUUCGUGGUAACUCCCUCCUGACCAAGGCCCUUGAUCUACAUAUGCGCCGGCUUGGAAAAGAAUAUCUUCAAGAGACCAUUGGUGAGCAGCUUCGCCGCAUCGACCAGAGUGACCCCGACUGUGAGGUUGAUCCUGUUCGCGUGCAACGCGAGGAAGACCUUGAACGCAACUGGAGGAAUCUUAUAGAUUUGACCAGCAGGGUGUGGAGUUCUAUUUCCCGUUCCGCUACAAAAUGUCCAGAUGAACUACGACUCAUAUUCCGGCACAUCAGAGCAUGUGCUGAGGAUCGCUACGGAGACUUCCUCCGUUCGGUCACUUACAGCAGUGUUUCUGGUUUCCUGUUCUUGCGCUUCUUUUGCCCUGCAAUUCUGAACCCCAAACUUUUUGGGCUCCUGAAAGAGCACCCUCGGCCGCGUGCCCAGCGUACCUUGACUCUUAUCGCCAAAGCAUUGCAAGGUCUGGCAAACAUGACUUCUUUUGGCAACAAAGAACCUUGGAUGGAGCCUAUGAAUAGGUUCUUGGUCAGUCAUCGUGGAGAGUUCAAAGAAUAUGUGGAUCGCAUAUGUUCGAUACCUGCGGAGCGGCCAGCGCAAACCGUGUCCCCGUCCUACGCGACUCCAAUCCAGAUUCUUGGCCGUCUCCCUCCUACCUCUCGGGAAGGCUUUCCUAGUUUGCCUUUUCUCAUCGACCAUGCCAGGAGUUUUGCGGCGCUAACUAGCCUGUGGCUUGAAAGUGCCCCGGCGAGGCUAGAGGAGCUGGAGGAGAUCGACGUCAAUCUUGAGAAGUUCCACAAUUUAGCCCUGGAGCUGAGCCAGCGAACCAAAGAAUGCUUGAGCAAGGCCGAACAAGCCGAACGACCAAACGGGAACUUGGAAGUGAAAUGGGAAGAGCUUGUUGAAUCCAUAGAGAAAUCCGCCACUUUCUACGAUGAGAGUUCAAGCAAGCCCAAUACGCCGGCUACAGAGACCCCGAUGACUGGGCCCGCCUCUCUAAUUGGGAGUAAAAGGAACUCCAUAGGCUACUUCUCCCCGCGGCCGGCCUUGCCGCGCAGAUCUACGGAUAAUGCUGAUGAUGGGGACGAUUAUACGCCCCCAAGCUCUUCAUCCGCUACGUGGGAUCCGAGCCGACUACCCUUCUCUACGCCACGUUGGUCUGAGCCGCGUGAAGGUGCUAGUAGCUCAAAAAAUUCAUCUACAUAUUCGCUUGACUUCUCUGAGACCUCCAAAGGAGGACGGCGAUCUAGCAUUUCACGUGAAUCAUCGGGCAAAUACCGCUUCUUGAGUUCGAUCCAAGACUUAGUUCCAGCGCCAUCGAGGCGGAAAGCAAAAGAUCGGGACGGGUCCCAUCAGCAGCAGCUACAACCACGAGAGGAACCACGAAAUGAGUUUUAAUGACGACGAAUAUGGUCUGUGUUUGAAUAUCUACGUUCAGAUCUCUGUGCGAUUCUGUUUUUCUUUCGGUCCUUGGAUCUGUUCUAUGCAUUUGGU